AUGUCUCUGUAUAAGUCUUAUUCAUAUUUAAGCUUAUCAAUUACUACUGAGGUGAGGAAGAUUUGUAGAUUGCAGCCUCCAUUAAGGGGUUAUUUGAAACUUAAUGUUGACGAAGCUGUUUUCUCGGAUAUGAGGAAGACUGGAAUUGGGUUGAUUUUAAGAGAUAGCUAUGGAAAGAUGGUAAUGACAACAACUAUUUCAGAAAUUGAAGUGAAUGAACCUGCAACAAUCGAGUUACUUGCAGUGCUAAGAGGGUUGCAACUUUGCAUUCCUCUUGGUAUUCCUAAACUGAUCAUUGAGUCUGACUAUUUGCUUAUGGUACAGGAAUUACAAGCUGCCUAUGAUACUUUCUCAGCUAAUGGGAACUUAGUUAUGGAGGUAAAGAGCUUAAUGAAUUAUUUCCAGGAAGUUAGCAUUGAGCAUGUUAACUGA